AUGGGCGAGCCGCUCUUGUCCGUCUGCAUGGCCAGCUCUCUGGGCCUCAGCCCGUCGAGUCUUUUCGAUCUGCUGUGCGCCCUCGAGAUUGUCGACGCUUUGGAGCGUGGCCAGCCUACAGACGAUGAGCGCCGCGUCGUCGCCAUGCCCUCGGUUGACGUUGAGGUCCGCGUCCUGGCUGCCGAUCGUGCGUCGGUCCAUUUUCUCUUCGCCCGCAUCAUCCGCCGGGAGUCGUACUUUCGUGCGCUCCUUGUUCAAUCGCGCGGUACACGCGUGCGCCCGUGCCCGGAGAAGUGCGGCAAUCCAAACGCGUCUCCCAAGUUCCGGCAUUGCGUACGCGUCCCCUCAUUCCAGGGCGGCGCCUAUGCCGAGUGCGUCUGGCAGUCGCACGGAUCUCGCUGCUCUCAUUCCAACGAGGGCUCAAUGUCCGCCUGGGAUUCGGGCGGUAGUUCAGCCGGUGGUUCUCCUCGCGCUGGUCCUAGCCAGCGUGUUCUUCCUCCGUCUAGUUCGGGCUCGCGUCUGAACCCUUUUCUGCUUGAGGAGUAG